GGAGAAGCCUUUGCUGCCUUUGUCUUGCAGUGAAAUCACUAAAGGCUGACAAUGCUAAUGCUGGUGAUGAUAAUACCUCUAAAACCGGUUGUAAAGUAACACCACCAGCCACGCCCAGGAUGCACCCGGCAUGGAGAUCCGCGGCCUGGUUGACAGACACCACGUGGGAAGAGGUCUUUGUCGCCCGUCCCGCCAAGCGAGUUACUCAACCUGCGUGCCUUGAACUUGUUCCUCAUAAUCCGAGUGAACGAUUUUUUACGUGACUGCAAACACCGCCUCAGGAAUUCAAAGCCCUUUUUUUAGUGCAGUGAAUCUAGUGCCAUUUAACGCAUAACUUGUCGGUGAAGCAAUAUUAGUGUUAAUUUGAUCCUCAUGUCUGACCUGAUAAUGGCAAUGAUCAAGGAUAAAAUUUUACACGAAGAAUCCUGAGCAGUAUAUAAGCGACAGAAGACAGCGUAAUGACAUCAGUCAGCAGCAUCCUGUCCAUUUGCGUCUCGACAUAACCACCACCACCAUGAAGACUGUUGUAAUGCUGGCGCUGGUCGCUGUGGUGACGGCAGACAAGCUGUACGAACCGCCAUCCAAAGACAAAUCUCACAUUGCCAUCAUUAAGGACGAGAGAGUGCAGCCUGACGCCAAGGGAUACUAUGUCUUCGAUGUCGAGACCGAGGAUGGUAUUCAGAGGCACGAGUCUGGCGGGGAGGGCGGCAGACAGCAGGGGUCUUACAGCUACACCGCCCCUGACGGCACACCAGUCUUCGUAAAGUUUGUCGCAGACGACCAAGGCUACCAUCCCGAAUCUGAUCUGCUGCCCGUGGCCCCCGAGUUCCCCUAUCCCAUCCCCGAGUUCGUGCUGGACCAGAUCGCCUUCGCUGCCAAGGAGGACGCCGCCAAGGCCAGCGUUAAGGCGAGGAAGCCCAGCCAGAGUUACGGUGCGCCGUAAUGACAUUAAUUCACAUGGUUAAUUUAUCUUCUCGCGUUACUGGAAUUUGCCUUCUCCUAUGUGCCUCACAGCCUCCCCAUCAUGCCUCCAAAUACUCUAACUGAUUGAUCUGUGUGUGUGUGUGUGUGUGUGUGUGUGUGUG